AUGGUGAAAUCUAUUUGGAAUGGGAAGUCAAUCAACUUCAAUGUGAUUGCUCCAAGAUUGAACGCUCCAACUCAAACUGAAGCUGUUGCAAGAGAAACAGAGAUGGCCCAAAACAAGAUUCUCUAUUCUGCAAAGCUCAACGAGAACAUGCGAAGAUCAGCUUACUUCAAGACAAACAAGAGAACCGUCAAAUCAAACAUCAUGCUGAAUCAAGACAAAGAGUAUGCUGCUAUUGCUAGCACUGAUACUGCUGCUCAAAACAAAUUCAAGGAUGAUAUCUUUGAAGCCGUUCUUGCAACAGGAUUUCUAUGUGACUGCGAUCAAACGAGAACAGCUCCUCUGAUGCUGGAUCUUCAGACAAACUAUUGCAGAGAAUUGGAUUAUCCAAAGACGGUCAGCAAAGCACAAGAUAUGUUGAAGAUUCACAUGGAUGUGAUUAAAAAUCCUAGAGUGAACCUCUACCAAGGAAAAGACCAACCUAAUAAAGGUAAAGGUAAAGGAAAAGGAAAAGGAAAGGGGAAACUGAAGGAUGGAAAGAAGGCAGCAUGUUAUGUGUGUGGCAAGCUACAAUGUCUGGGCUGA